CGAGAUAUUAGUGCAUGAGCGGCGCGCGAAUUUCCAAGCUAGGGUUCUUUUUCUUCACCUUUUGUUGUUCCUAUAUAUUUCCAGAGUUCUACAAACGCAAAACUGAAAAUCUAGUGAAAUUUCAAUAAGGUUAAACGAUUUAUAAUUCUUGUGAAAAAUCUUCAGUUGAAUCCCCUGUUUCCUAGUUACAAUUUUUUUUUCUUCCUAUUUGCAGAAUAACUGAAUUUUGAAUUGAAGGGGUUGCUGUUAAUUAAUUGCAUCAUGGAAGCUUGUUGUGGAGCUGCGGUUAUGAGUUCUCUUCAGCAGCCUCUUUGGGUUAAAGGGUCGGCUUUUCCUUCAAAAGGGGUUGCUGGUAUUAAUGUAAAUUCGAGUCGGGUAAAGUUAUGCUCUGUCAAGCCCUGUAGAGCAACUCCAACUGAAUGGAGCUUGAUAACAGAAAGGCCUACUUCUUCUGCUCCUGAAGGUGCUGCGAGCAGCUUUGAAGACUAUGGGUUGCAUGAAGCUGAUCCUGAUGUUCGUGCUAUUAUUGACAAAGAGAAGCAACGUCAGUUUAGGAGCUUAGAACUUAUUGCCUCUGAGAAUUUCACAUCUCGAGCAGUGAUGGAAGCAGUUGGUUCUUGCCUUACCAACAAAUAUUCUGAAGGGCUUCCAGGCAAAAGAUAUUAUGGUGGGAAUGAAUACAUCGAUGAGUUGGAAACUCUCUGUCAAGAAAGAGCAUUGGCUGCCUUUAGCUUAGAUGGAAAACAAUGGGGUGUGAAUGUUCAACCAUUAUCUGGAUCUCCGGCAAAUUUUGCAGUUUACACAGCGGUUCUUAAUCCACAUGACCGGAUUAUGGGAUUGGACUUACCUCAUGGUGGCCACUUGUCCCAUGGAUUUAUGACUCCAAAAAGACGAGUUUCAGGCACCUCGAUUUACUUCGAAUCCAUGCCUUAUCGACUUGAUGAAUCUACAGGUAUUCUCGAUUAUGAAAUGCUUGAGAAAACAGCGAAUCUUUUUCGCCCAAAGCUUAUUAUUGCUGGUGCAAGUGUAUAUCUGCGUGAUUUUGAUUAUCCUCGUUUGAGAAAGAUAGCAGAUGCUGUUGGAGCUUUCCUAAUGAUGGAUAUGGCUCAUAUCAGUGGGCUUGUAGCUGCUUCUGUACUUGCUAAUCCAUUUGAAUACUGUGACAUUGUUACUACUACUACUCACAAGUCUCUUAGAGGUCCUAGAGGUGGAAUGAUCUUCUUCAAAAAAGAUCCAGUUCUGGGAAUGGAUCUAGAAUCCGCCAUAAACAAUGCUGUUUUCCCUGGUUUGCAGGGUGGUCCUCAUAAUCACACAAUUGGAGGACUAGCUGUUUGCUUGAAGCAUGCCAAAUCACCUGAAUUUAAGGUUUAUCAGAACCAGGUGGUUGCCAACUGUAGAGCUCUUGCAAGCCGAUUAAUGGAAUUAGGCUACAAGCUGGUCUCAGGAGGGAGCGACAAUCAUUUGGUUCUUGUGGAUUUGCGGCACAUAGGAAUUGAUGGUGCUAGAGUGGAGAAAAUACUCGACAUGGCAUCAAUCACUCUCAAUAAGAAUUCAGUGCCUGGUGAUAAAAGUGCACUAGUACCGGGUGGCAUCCGCAUAGGCUCACCAGCCAUGACCACUCGAGGUUUUACAGAGAAGGAAUUUGUAGCAGUUGCAGAUUUUAUUCACGAGGGUGUGCAAAUUACCCUUGAAGCCAAGAAGUCCGUCUCUACUACCAAACUCCAAGAUUUCAUGAAGGUUGUUACAUCCCCAGAAUUUAGUUUGAUGGAUAAGGUGUUGGACUUGCAAAAAAGAGUCGAAGCUUUGACGUCGCAGUACCCUUUGCCUGGUUUAUGAAAUGAAGGCCAAAUUGCCUGAUGAAUGAUAAUUACAUACAAGGCUACCCUUUCCUCCUACCGAAUUUUGCAAUGUGUUGUUUAGAAUACCUGAAGAUCAUCUAUGUUUCUUCUCCUGGGAAAUGUAGCAGACUCAUAAUCCAUGGCUGUUGCAAAAACAAUUGAAUCAAUUUGGAAACUAUAUCAUGGAAAUUGUAGUUAAGUUCAGUCAAUUUGUUGGAA